GCCACGGUGUUGUGCUUGUCUCUCUCAUACUCCGCUCUACAAAGUUUGGCGAGCCAUAUCCUUCUACAAUCAAACAGCAAAGAUCUAACAUCGUUUCGCUCAGCAUAAUUUCCAUAUUUUACAGACACAAAAAAGGAACAGAAGGAACUAAUAUCCAGAGGCCAUAGGCAUAUGCUGGUAGCCCCAUUAUCUCCUUUUCUUUAGGUGGUCAAGCAUAACCAAAUAUGGAAGGCACCCCGGUUGAAAUUUUCAAAGAAGACAAGUGCCUCACGGCGCUCGUCGAAGACUGUUAUAUGAAUGCUACUUCGCAGUCUGGAUACCCAGAAGGUCACAAUCUGACUUUUGACUCUGACUGGGAAGAGGAUCCCAUGUCCCCAAUCAUCCCCAUCAUCACAGCUGUGUACUCCGUGGUGUUCGUGGUGGGCCUGGUGGGCAACUGCCUCGUCAUGUACGUUAUCAUCAGGUAUACAAAGAUGAAGACAGCCACCAACAUUUACAUCUUCAACCUGGCUCUGGCCGACGCCCUGGUCACCACGACGAUGCCUUUCCAGAGUACUGACUACCUGUUGAACUCGUGGCCGUUUGGCGAGGUGGUGUGUAAGGUGUUCAUCUCCAUCGACUACUACAACAUGUUUACCAGCAUCUUCACCCUGACCAUGAUGAGUGUGGACCGCUAUGUCGCCGUCUGCCACCCGGUCAAGGCCCUGGACUUCCGGACGCCGAUCAAAGCCAAGAUCAUCAACAUAUGUAUCUGGAUGCUGUCCUCUGCAGCAGGGGUACCAGCACUGUUACUGGGUGGCACCCAGUCCAACAAUGGAACCACGGAGUGUGCCUUGCAGUUCCCGGAACCGUACGUGUACUGGGACACCUUGAUGAAGGUCUGUGUGUUUGUGUUUGCCUUCGUGGUGCCCGUGCUCAUCAUCACAGUGUGUUACACCCUCAUGGUGCUGCGACUCAAGAGCGUGCGUCUCCUCUCGGGGUCCCGGGAAAAGGACCGGCAGCUGCGGCGCAUCACCCGCCUGGUCAUGGUGGUGGUCGUGGUGUUCGUAGUGUGCUGGACGCCCAUCCACAUCUUCAUCCUGGUCAAGGCGCUGGUGAGCGUGCCCGAGACCACCGCCGUCAUGGCCGCCUACUUCUUCUGCGUGGCGCUGGGCUACACCAACAGCAGCCUCAACCCCGUCCUCUAUGCCUUCCUGGAUGAGAACUUCAAGAGGUGCUUCAAGGACUUCUGCCUGCCAAAAAAGCUGAAGGGGGACAAUGCCUCAGGGAAGAACAACAGGAGCACCGUGAGGGGAGGAAGGGAGGCCCCACUUCCACUGGAGAACCCAGAUGGGACUAGAAAGCCGGCAUGACUAGCCAUGGAGAUGUCUUCCAUUUCCCGCGUUGGAAAGGAAGACUCCAAUGAUCUGGGCCUAACCCAGGUGACAUCAGGAAUGUAAGCACACACAACAGUGCUAAUUUAGAUGACUGGUGUUCGUUCCAUUUGUUUUACUGUUAGGCCCAAAUCAAUGGUCCGAUUCCUCACACUUAGAAAAGGAUAUAUCAUUAUUCUUUGAUGUCAAAUUUAUUUGCACACAUCAAGAGGGGGAAAAAAACAUUCCACAUGCCAACUAUAGGACACACUUGAAAAUGAUAAGAACCUAUAUUAUCUCAGUUUUACCGUGUUCCUUCAUAGUUACUUGCUAUGCUGACUCUGCAUCUGCACAGUUCUAAUUGGAUUGCAAGAUGCAACAUCCUCCUUCUAGCCUCUGCCAUUCAAUUAAAUAGUUAUCCUUGACAAAACAUCAAUAAUGAUUGGGGAAGCGCUUUAAAGGGGCAACCUGGGAUUGGCACAUCCAUCCAUUUUUGCCAUAUCUGUCUCUACCAACCAAUGUGUAUGUGGUGCAGAGAUCUAUUACCUCCUUUGGGAAUGAGGCACCCUUAUGGGUGGCAGGUAGGACAAGGCAGUUAACGCACUGUUCCUAGGCCGUCAUUGAAAAUAAGAAUUUGUUCUUAACUGACUUGCCUAGUUAAAUAAAGGUAAAAAAAAAACAUUUUAAAAAGGCAUGAUAACACAAAAACCUUAGUAUUUUUCAAGUCAAAACAUAUUUGAUUUGUCACAUGCGCCAAAUACAACAGGUGUAGGUAGACCUUACAGUGAAAUGCUUACGUACAAGCCCUUAAUCAACAGAGCAGUUUUAAGACAAAAAAAA